AUGGUCGACGAGGAAUCCAUGAAGAAGAACCGCAACGCCACACCACAGUUCAUCGGCGCACUCACAGAAAUGGUCUGGGAACAAAUAGGCAAGUCCCUUGCCGCUAGAGGCCACGGCCACUGA